AUGGCAGGUUCUACUGAGAACAUCAAAGAUGUGCUUACUGGAACUUACGCUGCCAUCUGCACGUUAGGCUUGCUCGUGAAUGUCAUUCUCAUCACUACGAUUUUAACAAGUCGUCGUCUGCGAACAAUACCGAACAUUUACCUGCUCAACCUAGCCAUUGCUGAUGAGUUGUUUCUCAUGGGGAUUCCCUUCUUCGCGACGAAUAUUUAUAAAGAAACGUGGCCGUUUGGGAACAUCGUGUGCAAAAUCGUCCUUUCAUCGGACACGACGACGAUGUUUACCAGCAUCUUCUGCCUGACCGCCAUGAGCGCUGACCGCUGCAUCGCCGCGGCAUUGCCGCUAAAGUCCCGAAGAUGUCGGACAGUCAAAACUGCUGCGGUGAUUAACGGCUUCAUGUGGGUUUUGGGACUCGCUGUCUCUUCACCAGUCCUCGCGUUUGCCACAACAGAAACAAUUUCGUCCACGGGACAGACCUUUUGCAACAUUUAUUGGCCUAAACCUGUGGGGAUAUGGGCAUUAAGUUUUGUUCUGUACAGCACAUUCGUUGGCUUUGUUCUUCCUUUCUUGGUGGUACUGAUAUGUAGUGUAGUCCUGGUUUGUGUGUACAGGUCAUCAGUUGGCAGUAGAUACGGUCGACGAAUGCAAAAGCAGCUAACUCUAAGUUGUGUUGUAUAUGGUAUGGUUGUUCUAUUUGCUUUAUCCUGGCUUCCUUUUUAUAUAUUCCAAAUACUGAACAUGACUGAACACUUUCUUAUGACUCCAGAAAACAGCUGGAUUCCUUACAGUGUCGUUAUACUAAGUUACAGCAAUAGUGUUUUUAAUCCUGUUAUCUCUAUUAUACUUAACAAACACUGA